AUGUCUGUUCGAGGAGAUCAAAAUAAUAGAUCCACAACAAAUUUUAAUGUUAAUAAUAAAAGCGAAGAAUUAUUAAGAAUAAAAAAGGAUGCAAUAGAACUGUGUGAAACCAUAAGUAAAGAUCGAUUGUUAAAACGCAAUUUUGGUGUACAACAAGAACUGUUUGAUUUAAUGUUCAAAACUUCUCUUCCACUCGAUCUUUCUGUAUUGGAUAAAAUUGCAAACAACAUAAAUUCGUCAGAUGAAACAUUACAAUUAAUGGCAAUUCAAACUUACAGAAAAUUAGGUCGAGAAAGGAAUACUGUGAAUGAUAUGAUAAAAGGUGGCAUCGUAUCACGCUGCAUUAAACUCUUAGACAGCGACAACAUCUACUUGCAAUCUGAAGUAACAUCUUUAUUAACUGUUAUUACUUUGAGUGUAUCCGAAGAAUCGAACAAUUAUAUAAAAUAUGAAGCAAUACCCAAAUUAAUGAAGCUACUUAAGUCUACAUCUUCAAUUGUUGCCGAACAAACAGUUUAUGUGUUAGGAAAUAUAAUUGAUAUUCCCUAUGCACGUGAUCUUGCUCUUCAAUAUGAUGCUAUAUCUCUUUUAGUUGAUUUAAUUAAGUCUGAUACUUCAGUGACGUUCAUGGACAACAUUUCAUGGCUUUUAUCUAAUUUAUGCGAAAAGAAUCCACCUUUAUGUCUUGAAUUGGUUAGACCUGUUUUACCAAUUUUUUAUCAUCUAUUAAAUAGUGAAAAUGAUUACAUAAUCUCCGAUAUUUGUCGGAUACUUUCUUACCUUACUGAUGGAGUCAACGAUAAUGUACAAGCGAUAAUGGAAACUGGUAUUCUACCAAAAAUUUUGGAGUGUUUGAUAUCGAGGAAAGGAAGUAUUUCUAUUCCAGCAUUUAUCACAAUAAGGAAUAUAGUGCAAAUUGGUAAUGAUGCUCAAAGGAAUGCUAUCAUCUCUGCGGGAGGAUUGUUGUAUCUUCGUACCAUAUUAAAGCAUUAUGGUUCCAAGGUAGAUAUUGCAAAGGAAGCUAUUUGGACAAUUUAUAAAAUGGCAGACAGUAGUGAUCAAAUCGAAAGUGUAAUAAAUGCUAAUCUGUUACCAGUAUUAAUAAAGCAAAUCUCACAUGGAGAAACACCUGGAAUGGCCGCAUGGACUGUAACUACCAUGAUAACGAGAGGAACAGUUCAACAAUUUACCAAGUUUGUGGAAGCUGGUGUAUUGAGAGCUCUUUGUUUUUUACUAAAAUUUAGCGAUAAUAAUAACGAUAUUAUUAAUGCCAUAAUUGGUUUGACUAAUGUCUUGCAUACUGCAGAGAGAAUAGGUCUUACCAUUACGAUCCAACAGCUUGGAGAAUUAAUAGACUUGGAAGAUAAAUUAAUAGCUUUUCAAUACCAUGAAGAUGAAGAAAUCUAUAAAAAAUCUUUGGCCAUAAUAGAUUGGUUUUUUUUUCGGACACACACAGAACUUCCAAGUUUAUCGAUAGAAGCUGUUAUUCCAUCCACUCGUACUCCUUCUGUACCUCAAGACUGGGUAUUCGAGUAUGACGAAGCAUUGCAAGUACUGGCACUUCAGGUUUAUAGCCAAUUUCUUAGUUUAGCAAUAAAGCCUGCUACAAAGCCUGUCUUAGAAAGUAAGGCAUUAUCAUAUUGUAUGGAGAUCUUAGAUAGGGGCAGUCCUGCCUCGCAAUUUGAAGUACUAUCUUUGUUUACUGCUUUAAUUAGGGGUAAAUUUUCCAAAGAAAUGCAGUGUAUUAUAAAACAUGGCGCAAUAUCAAAAAUAGUGAAGCUACUUAAGUCUGCAUCGUUUAAUAUUGCGAAAUGUGCAAUAUUUACUUUAGAAGCUUUAAUCAAAGGUAUACCGUAUGCACGUGACAUUGCUAUUGAACAUAAUGCUGUACUUUCUUUGGUUGACUUAAUUAAAUCUGAUAUCCCUACGAUACAGAUAGUACCUACACAUAUGUGCUACAUUAUAAGAACUUUAACUAUUUUUUGUAAAAAAAUGGAUUCAGCUUUAUUUCUUGAAUUGAUAAGGCCUGUUCUACCAGUGCUUAAUUGCCUGCUUAAUAAUGAAAAUCGAGACUUACGUACCAAUAUUUUCGAAUUACUCUCUUACCAUAUUGAUAAAUCCAUCGAUAACAUACGAGCGGUAUUGGAAGCUGGCAUUUUACCGAAAAUUUUAAAAUGUCUGACGUCGCGAGAGGAAAGUAUCCUUAUGCCAGUGUUACACAUAGUUGGUAAUAUAGUAGGAAUAGAUGAGGUGGCUGAAUCGGAUAUUUUAAUUUUAGCAGAACAAUUGUCGUAUUUACGUACCUUGUUACGGAAUCAUCGCGCCAAUGAACAUAUUGCAGAGAAAAUUGUUGUAAUAAUCUCGAAAAUGAUUACAAAUCCGAACCAAAUCCAAAAUGUAUUAAAUGCUGGUCUGUUAUCACCAUUGAUAGAAAUACUUGAGUUUGGAAAAGAAAUGGUACAAGGUGUGACUGGAAGGAUUUUAAUGGAUUUAAUAUUGUGUGGAACAAGUCAAUAUUUGAUCGAAUUAGUAAAUGCUGGCAUAUUGCUAGCUUUUUGUAAUUUAUUGGAAGCGAAGGAAUAUCACAAGGUUAUUAAUGCCUUAGAUAGUCUUAUUAAUAUCUUGAGUGCUGCAGGGACAAGAGAACAGACAAAAAGAUUUGUCAUUAUGAUCAAAGAAGCUGGAGGAUUAGAUAAACUGAAAGCUCUUCGAUAUCAUCAAGAUGAGAAAAUUUAUGAAAAAUCUAUGGCUAUAAUUGACAUAUUUUUUUCUUAA